CAGCUGGUGGCGGUAAAGCGUUUCGGAUCUCUGUCAAGCAUCUAAAUCCCAGCUGCUUGUUUCAGCCAUGUGGUGGUACUUUACUGUUUAUGAACAUGACAACAGCGUUAUGGAGUUUUAAGUUUAACCCAGCUAGUCUUUUAAACACGGCUUUAUAUUAAAACGCAUCCGUUACGGCUGUUAUUCUAGCAGUAGUUACGCAUACGUCAUUCGUUUAAAGAGAAAAGCAUGGCAGCACCGGACAGUGAUGAUGGUAUGGAUGAAUUUAUGGAGACGUUUAAGACACGGAAAUACAAAAAUGCGUUUAAUGAAAGCAACUGGGAGGAGGAGUUUGAUAAAGUGCCAAUGUUCAUGAAGACGGCUCCAGAGGAGAUAAAUCCAGAGAAACAUCCUGAUCUUGCCUGCAUUCAGUCUAUGAUCCAUGAUGAUGAAAGGACACCUGAAGAGCAAGCCAGGAGUUUGAAGGAUGAGGGGAACGAGUACUUUAAGGAGAAGAACUAUAAGAAAGCUGUUGUGUCCUACACAGCAGGAUUGAAGAAGAACUGUGUAGACCUGGAACUCAAUGCUGUUCUAUACACCAAUCGUGCAGCUGCGCAUUUCUAUUUAGGUAACAUGCGAUCAUCUUAUAAUGACGCCACAGCUGCUAAGAAACUAAAGCCAGACCACAUUAAAGCCAUUUUAAGAGGAGCACAGUGCUGUAUGGAGCUACGUAAUCAUGCAGAAGCAUUGGAGUGGUGUGAUGAGGGUCUCAGGCUGCUCCCCACUGACAAAAAACUACUGGAGCUGAGAGCCAAAGCAGACAAGCAUAAGAGAGAAGCAGAGAGAGAUGCCAGAAAAGCACAAAUUAAAGCGAAGAAGGAAAAGAAUGAGAGGGAAGCAUUGUUAGCUGCCAUUAAGGAGCGGGGCAUUAAACUCCUAAAGCCCGAGCCAUCACAACACAGAGCUUCAGAUGGUGAGGAUGAUGAUGGAGGUUCAUCUAGAGCUCUCGCUGAUCUGGAACUUGAUGGAAUCGGAUCUCAGGAGGCCACUGGAGCUCGUGUUUAUAUGGAUGAGCAGGGUCUCCUUCACUGGCCAGUGUUGUUCCUCUACCCUGAGCAUAGCCAGACUGACUUUAUAUCUGCUUUCUGUGAAAACUCCAGCUUUAUAGACCAUUUGGCAGUCAUGUUUGGUGAAGAACUGCCUCCAUGGGAUACAGAAAGAAAAUAUCGGCCACAAAAUCUACAGCUGUUCUUUGAGGAUCAUGAAAAAGGAAACCUUUAUCAAGUUGAUCUUGAAAAGUCCCUUCUUAAUGUUCUUCAGAACCAAAGGUGCACUGUGAAGGCAGGAACCCCUAGCUUCAUCGUGUUGGUAUCAGGCUCUCCAUUUUGUAAGCAGUAUUUAUCAGGAAAAAAGGUCCAGAGACUGAAAUGAUUUUCUGUUUCAAUCCUAAAAAGAGACACUGGCUAUAAAUUAUCUUGUAUGGAUAUUAAGGACGUUUCUGCUCACCCUACUCCUUGAGAUUUACAGUUUAAUAAACCGUAUCCCACCUGUUUUACAUAGGUGAUUUUUGUAAA